AUGGCUCCUAAAGCUUCGAAAAGCGUUGCCGUCAAGCAGCCUACCUUUCAUGGCUAUGAGUUCCUCGGACCGCCAGGUGCUUUUGCUAUCUCCUUUGGACUCCCAUUUGCCUGCUACCUCUCGACAUUCCUCUGCAACGACAUUGCUGGCUGUCCAGUUCCCUCCCUUCUUUCACCGUCAACAUUGACAAUCGAGACCCUUAAACGCGAAGUAGGAUGGCCUGCGAGUGGAAUCCGUGGCCUGGCAAGUUGGGAUGUCUCUGCAAAGGUCUUGGGCUAUUAUCUCCUUUCUGCCGUGCUCCACAAAGUCUUGCCAGGAGAAGAGGUUGAGGCCUGGUCCUCUACAAUGACCACUCUCGCGAUCCUCGCAGCCGGUACAGUCCUCCAAGGCGCGGAUUUCCCUGUCUGGACCUUCAUCUACGACAACUAUCUCCAAAUCCUCACAACCAACAUCAUAAUCGCAUACAUCCUCGCAACGUUUGUCUACGUUCGUAGCUUUGCUGUCAAACCCGGAAAUGUAGAAAAGCGCGAGCUAGCAGCAGGAGGCAUAUCAGGAAACAUGCUCUACGACUGGUUUAUCGGCCGCGAACUGAACCCACGCAUCACCAUCCCCUUGCUGGGCGAAAUCGACAUUAAGGAGUUCUGUGAGCUGAGACCUGGUAUGAUGGGCUGGAUCAUUUUGAACUGCACAUUCGUCGCACACCAAUACAAGAUAUACGGCACCAUCACCGACAGCAUCCUGUUUGUCACCGCCUUCCAAACCCUAUACGUGCUAGACUCAUUCUGGAUGGAGAGUGCAAUCCUCACCACAAUGGAUAUUACAACCGAUGGUUUUGGCUUCAUGCUCGCAUUCGGUGAUCUAGUCUGGGUUCCUUUCAUUUACAGCAUCCAAGCACGAUACCUUGCCGUGUAUCCCCUUUCCCUCGGCCUCUACGGCUCAGCCGGUGUCCUUGCAUUCUUAGGAACAGGGUACUACAUCUUCCGCAGCGCAAACAAUGAGAAAAACCGCUUCAGGACCAACCCUGAUGACCCCCGCGUUGCGCAUCUGAAGUACAUUGAAACAAAAUCUGGGUCCCGCCUGCUGAUUUCCGGGUGGUGGGGCACGGCACGCCAUAUCAAUUAUUUCGGGGACUGGAUUCAAGCGUGGGCAUAUUGCUUGCCUACUGGACUUGCUGGGUAUGUGGUUCAACACUCGUCGGUAGUUCCUAGCACAGGAAUGAGUGCUGCGGAUGGCAGUUUUGUCUACACUGGACCUACAGGCCUUACAGAGAUUUUCCAAGGGGCUGCGAAGGGAUGGGGGAUGAUAUUCACGUACUUUUAUCUGAUAUACUUUGCGAUCCUGCUCGUUCAUCGGGAGUUGAGGGAUGAGGAGAAGUGUGAGAGGAAAUACGGGAAGGAUUGGGAGAGGUAUUGUAAGGAGGUUCCGUCUCGGAUUAUUCCUGGUAUCUAUUGA